AAAAGUAAAAAAUAUUUGUCAAUUGAAGAAAUGGCUAAAAUGCUAGUGCGAAUGAAAGCAUUGAUGGUGCUCACCGGAAUAUUUUUUAUGCUGUACUUUGGUCUUCAGCCACUAACGGAAAUGGUUGAACAAAAACCUUUAGUUUCCUAUCCAGAAGAAGUUGUGUUUGUCAAUACCUCCGAAUGUCAUAUAGCUGGACCUCUAAAGUCAGCGGCUUUUAAGUGUGCAAUUGAGCCUAUAAACAAGAUGCGAUGCCGCAAGAAACAACUAAUAAUUGCGGUCACUAAAGAUGGUAACAAUUUUCUGGUGACUCAAAAGGAUGCCAAGGACUUGCACUGCAAAUACUGGCUAAGGUCUGCCAGGGAUUUUAAAAAUGAUAAAUACCUGGAUGAAGGAUAUUUCGAUCUGGAAAGUGAGUCUAGUAAGGAGAUAAAAAUGGGAACUGGUCAACAGAUAGUUCGUAUUAAGUGUUCAAACAAACUGAAUGAAACCAAAUAUCAUGAUGUUCAUUAUUUCUUGACGCCCCCUCAUCCCGAUUUAAAACCAGAAAAAAAUCUUGGAAAAUUAUCCGUAAUGGUGCUGGGUAUUGACUCAAUUUCCCACAUGCACUUUUACCGAUACUUUCCCUUCGUGAAGGGUUUUCUGCUAAAUCUGCCGCACACCAAAUUCUACGGCUAUAGUCGAGUGGGUUUGGAUGCCUAUAACAAUCUAAUGCCAUUUCUGAGUGGUUUAAGUGCUAAUGAAGUGGAUCCAGAACUUCCAGCCAACGAGGAAGCUUUUCUCUGGCAAAACUUCAAGAUUGGAGGAUAUAGUACUGCCUAUGGGGAGGAUAAUGCCCAAGGAAUCCUAACCCAUAAGAAUGGGGAGUGGGGAAGUCCCAGGCAACCCAUUGAUUUUGAUCUGACUCCUGUGAUGAUGGAGAUAGAUAAUCAUACGCGCUAUAGCAUAGAUCUCAAGGAGAUGAUCCAUUGCACGGCAGGACGAACGUAUCAAGAGGUUUUCAAGGACUUUAUCCUAAAACUUAUACCACAUAUGCAAGACAGCCCCUAUUUCUCAUUUUUCUGGCAGUCGCAGGGUGUUCAGGAGUACUAUGAAUACGGCGGGCACUUGGAUCUAACCUAUAUGUUGCUCUUGAAGAAGUUACUGGAUUCCAAUGUCCUAAACAAUACUCUGGUAUUGCUAAUGUCCGACCAUGGUUUAAGGGCUGGAACAUAUAGAAUGAGCUUUCAGGGCAUGAAGGAGGAAUCCCAGCCCCUAAUGGUGGCCAUAUACCCCGAAUGGCUGAAGGAGAAAUACCCCCUGGCCAUGGAGAAUUUCGAGAAGAACGCCCAUAGCCUGAUCACACCGUACGAUCUGCACGACACUCUACUGGAUGUGAUAAGUCUGGAUCUGCUGCAGGAUGCCAGUAUAGAGAGCCGAAUGAAUAGUCUGAAGUCGUAUCCCGCCAAGAAGAUGCCCAGGGGCAUUAGCCUCUUUCUACCGAUUCCAGAUCACAGGACCUGCGACCUGGCCCUCAUACCAUCACUCUUUUGCUUCUGCCGCGAUCUCACCGAAGUUCCCACAGAUGAUGGUCUGGUCCUUCGAUGCAGCCGUUUUUUGGUGGAGUCCAUCAACAAGUUGAUCAAACCAUUCGAAAAGUGUCACCCGCUGAAACUCCAGAUGGUUCUACAGGCUCACUUCCUGGACUUUGGUGAGGAGUCCUUCGUCUAUGAGCUGAGACUGAGGGUAAGGACCAGCCCCGGAAAUGGUAUAUUUGAAGCCACCGUUCGUCUUUCGGACGUUCUACUGUUGACCAGCCCCAUCAGUCGGGUCAACCACUAUCUGAGCCAAUCCUACUGCGUCAGCGAUCCGGGACUCAAGCUAUUUUGCUCCUGCAUCUAA